UACUGGGCACCACCAGACCACAACUUUCAGGCGGCCCACCGUCGUUUGAGUAAGGUUUCUGACCCAAAAAAUUACGCAAUUGAAUUGAAAAGUACGCGUUCACUCGCAAUAUAAAAGGAAACCAUCUUCCACCCCCUUGUUUCUCUAGAAGAAUAAAAAUGGAGUUAUUAUUAGGACCAUCUCGUCUUCUUCGACGGCAACCUCUCUUCACCUUCUUUCUCAUCUCUCUUCUUCUCUCUACUUCUCACGGCGAUGUCGGCACUGCUUCCCAGUACAGCCCUCCAUAUUUACCGACGACUUGCUAUGACAAUGAUGCGUCGCAGUUUCCCCCGAAUAAUUUAUUUGCGGCAGCUGGAGAUGGAAUAUGGGACAAUGGGGCUUCGUGUGGAAGAGAAUAUUUGGUGAGGUGCAUCAGUGCCUCGGUUGCUGGUUCUUGCCAACCUGACCAAACUAUUCAAGUCAAGAUUGUUGAUUAUGCUUUUUCAACUCCGAUCCCGCCUUCGGCUUCCGGCACCACCAUUAUCUUAUCGGAAACAGCUUUUGGGAUUAUUGCUAAUUCAUCUGCUACUUCUAUUAAUAUCGAAUUCCAACAGGUAUGAUCGAAGGGAAGAGAAAUAUGGUGCAAAUUUAAUGGCGCAUGAAGCUGGAAAAAGAAAAGAGGAUACAAAAGAGAUUUCCUCAGCGAAUUACUUGUAAAAUUGUAAAUUUUAGUUUAUUUUUGUAAUCAAUCUGAUGAAAUUGUAUCUAGGUAACUACGUCAAGUGGUUGCAAUCCUUCCUUCAACCUUCAAAAAAAAAAAAAAAAAAAAAACUGAGAGAGAACAAGAAAAAGAAGACACCAAGAAAUUGUAAUUUGUAAUUUUUAAUCAAAUCCGUGGGAUUAAUUCAUGAUUGUUGCGCGGUAUGACGCUUUCAUAUAUUUACUUAUUAUAUAAAAAAAUCAGAGUUGA